AUGCACCUUCGUCGGGCACCGAUUGCACCUCUCCCUGCUGCACUCCAGCUCUGCAACCAGCCGAAGCCGCUGCAGAGAGGUAUUCUUAUGGACCCAUGGGACGGGCGUGGUGAUUGUCGGGAGGGCGAUUGUGGGGACCGGGCAGGCGAAGCUGCACGUCCUGCUGGGUGCAGCAUGGUCAGCCUCUCCCUAACCGCCCUGCGCCCAUCUGCAUUCUCCAUCCAGCAGCACGGGAUCGCUCACCUGCACCCUCGUGAACGGCCAGAAACGGCAAGCCAGCAGCAGCGCAUCUGCCUCUGCCACCUAACUCCCCACACCCUCCUACUUACCAUCUACUUCCACCGAGCGGAAAACCAGAACCCUUCCGCCUUCUCCCAGCUCCCUCCUCUCCUCCACUUCCCACUCCCCCCCUCCUCGUCCCCCUCCGUUCAUAUCCAACUCGACCUCCCUAAUCCCUCUCGUCCCUCUCCUCUCGUCCUCUCCCCCACCCCACCCCCACCCCCCCUUCCCCGCCUCUCCUCUCACCCACUCCUCUCCCCCUCUCCUUUCGCCACCUCCUCGUCCCCCCUCCUCCUCUCUCCCCUCCUUUCCCCCUCACCUCCCUCUCCCACGCCGCUCUCCCACAUCCUCCCGUGCUCGACACCCCCUUCUCACGAAAACAACACAACACUCCACACGUCUGCAUACCUCAGCACUCCAUUGCCACUUGCCUCACCACGCCAAACGAAAGGUCCUGAAGGGAUGGAAUAA